AAAGAAACACGCGCGCGGAGGCUAAGUUAGUCGGCUCGCGAAUCGACGCUCGACCAGUGAGCUCGGCAAUAGUUUACCACCUUCAUUCACUGUUUUAUAUUUUUAGAAAGUGUCUCGAUUACCAUCAUGCCACCAGUUGCAGUGCCUGAUGAGGCUCCUAAGAAAAAGCUUCGUGUUGCAAUCAUAGGACAGAGUACAUUUGCAGCUGAAGUGUUCAAGUUACUUCAAAAAGACGGACAUGAGGUGGUCGGAGUUUUCACAGUACUGGAUAAAGGGAACAGGGAAGACCCUUUGGCUACAAUUGCGGCACAGAAUGGAAAACCAGUGUUCAAAUAUAAAACAUGGAGGGUCAAAGGGAAGGUCAUUCCUGAAGUGCUAGAGGACUACAAAUCGGUAAAUGCAGAAAUCAAUGUUCUUCCAUUCUGCACCCAGUUCAUCCCCAUGGAAGUGAUCCAAUACCCAAAGUAUCAGAGUAUUUGUUAUCAUCCCAGCAUCUUACCAAGGCAUAGAGGAGCAUCCUCUAUUAACUGGACACUGAUAGAAGGCGACACAACUUGUGGUCUGACGAUAUUCUGGGCUGAUGACGGAUUGGACACUGGACCUAUAUUGCUCCAACGAAGCUUUCCUUGCACGAUCGAUGACACUGUAGAUAGCUUGUACAACAAGUAUCUUUAUCCAGAAGGUAUUAAAGCGUUGGCGAAAUCAGUUAAUCUGGUAGCUAAUGGAUCAGCGCCACGAAUAGCUCAAACGGAAGAAGGCGCUAGUUACGAUCCAGCUCUGUUCAAGCCUGAAACCCAUCAAAUUGACUGGUUAAAAGGCGGCGUGGCAUUACAUAAUUUCAUUCGAGGUCUAGACUCCUCUCCUGGGGCAACUACAUUCAUUCAGCCUCAACACAAAGAUGGCAUCGAUGAAAGCAAAGCUUCCAUUGAAGUCAAAUUCUUUGGAUCUUCACUUUGGGAAGGCGAGUAUGAAGCAGAAGGAGACAAACUUGUUAUACCUGGUCUACAGAAACCUGCUGUCAUACAUGAAGCUGGGCUGUUAAUCACUGCAAACGACGGAGUUAGACUUAACGUUCAACGAUUAAAAGUUAACGGUAAAAUGAUUAACGCACAAAACUUCUUCAAAGCAAAUGAAAAUAAAGUUCACCUCGAAAUUACUGCAGAAGAAAAGAAAUUUAUCGAAAGCGUUCGGGAUGUUUGGAAGGCCAUACUAAGAAUCGAUAUAGAAAAUGAUACAGAUUUCUUCAGUUCUGGAGCGGGCUCCAUGGACGUAGUUAGAUUAGUAGAAGAAAUCAAAGACUUAGUUGAGAUAGAAUUACAAAAUGAAGAUGUCUAUAUGAAUACAACCUUUGAAGAAUUUUAUACCAUAGCUAUCUUAAAGGCGAGAGGUUGUGUGGGCAAUAAGGAAGUAGUUUACGAAGGUGUAGAAUUAGAAAUAAAUAAAAUGAAAAUUAAAUUUCCAACGCAAUUGUUUAUUAAUGGUGAAUUUGUUAAUUCUGAUAGUGGGAAAACUUUAACGUUAAUAAAUCCUAGUGAUGAAUCUGUGAUAUGUAAAGUUCAGAGUGCCUCGAAAUCGGAUGUAGACAGAGCAGUCAAUGCUGCACAGAAAGCUUUCGAAGAAGGAGAAUGGUCCAAAAUUAGCGCUCGAGAUAGAGGACAGUUAUUGUUUAGAUUAGCAGAUCUCAUGGAACAACACAAAGAAGAAUUAGCAACUAUCGAAUCUAUCGACUCAGGAGCUGUUUACACAUUAGCCUUAAAAACCCACGUUGGAAUGUCCAUAGAUACCUGGAGAUAUUUCGCAGGAUGGUGCGACAAAAUUCAGGGAUCUACAAUACCUAUUAAUCAUGCUAGGCCUAAUAGAAAUCUGACUUUAACGAAAAAGGAGCCGAUUGGAGUAUGUGCAUUGAUAACCCCUUGGAACUAUCCUCUCAUGAUGCUUUCUUGGAAAAUGGCUGCGUGUUUGGCUGCUGGAAAUACAGUUGUUAUGAAGCCAGCUGCCGUGUGUCCACUAACAGCACUGAAGUUCGCCGAAUUAUCUGCCCGAGCUGGUAUUCCUCCGGGUGUGAUCAACAUCCUGCCAGGCAGCGGAACGAUCUGUGGCCAAGCGUUAGCCGACCAUCCACUUGUUAGGAAGCUGGGCUUCACUGGCAGCACAGAAAUUGGACAAACCAUAAUGAGAUCGUGUGCAGUAUCAAACAUGAAAAAAGUCUCACUGGAGUUAGGUGGAAAAUCGCCGUUGGUAAUCUUUGAGGAUUGUGAUCUCGAAAAAGCUGUUAGAAACGGUAUGGCAUCAGUAUUCUUCAACAAAGGUGAAAACUGCAUAGCUGCCGGUCGUCUUUUCGUCGAAGAGAGAAUACACGACGAAUUCGUUAGACGUGUUGUGGAAGAGACCAAAAAGAUGACCAUCGGCGAUCCUCUGCAUAGAGGAACAGCUCAUGGGCCACAGAACCAUAAAGCGCAUAUGGAUAAAUUGCUGGAGUUUUGCGAACGCGGCGUAAAGGAAGGCGCCAGACUGGUGUACGGCGGCAAACGCGUGGACAGGCCAGGCUUCUUCUUCCAGCCUGCCAUCUUCACUGACGUCACUGAUGACAUGUUUGUCGCUAAGGAGGAGUCUUUCGGACCUAUUAUGAUUAUUAGCAAAUUCAGUAGCAAAAACAUAAACGACGUCAUCCGCAGAGCUAACAAUACGGAAUACGGCUUGGCGAGUGGUGUGUUCACGCGCGACAUUUCGCGUGCUCUACAGUUUGCGGAACGAAUAGAUGCGGGUACCGUGUUUGUGAACACGUAUAAUAAGACUGAUGUGGCUGCACCUUUUGGAGGCUUUAAGCAAUCUGGAUUCGGCAAAGACUUGGGUCAAGAAGCUCUCAAUGAAUAUCUUAAAACUAAAUGUGUUACUAUAGAAUAUUAAAGUAUUGUACAAUCUCCGGAUUUCAUCUCUUAAUCUCUUUAUAAUCUAGUUGCAUACUUAAAUGUUUUCGACAUAAUGUUAGUUUUUAAUUUUUACACUAUAAAAUAAUGAUUUAUAUGUAUUAACCUGUUUUAUAUUAUGGAAAAGAUAUUAAAAACUGUGUAGGUAUUAUAAUUACGAUUAAUGUUAUUCUUGAUUGACGAUGAAAUUAUAUCAAUUAAAUAUGUACAAAUUACAAUAAAAAUUUA